AUGGCCAACCCUCAGCAAUUGGCGCCGAUCAAGAUCCGGCUGCCGCAUCCCUACCUCACCACCUACCACCUGGUACCCUCCAGCAAGCUCAAGGAUGGCAACCGCUUGUUCCAGCUGCACAAGGCCUCCGGCGGCGAAGCUCAGCCCUUCCCCCAUGAGCUCGAGAACAGCCAGCUCUACUUCAGCGCCCCGCAGCCCGUGAACCCAGAGACCGCAGUACCAACCUCCAACAACACAGCAUGGGCACGCGCCCAGCGCAGCCCGGCAAGCAUUGCAACCUGGGAAACCUCCUCCGCACCCACAGUCGGCCAGAUCUGGCUAUUCCUCUACUCCAUCUUCACAGUUCAAGAGCAAAUUGAAACAUUCCGCCUCCAGCUCCAAGGUCCCGAGGCCGAGUCUCUAGCCCACGCCCUGCGCCUGUCAAUGGUAGCAAUCGACCACCCGCGCCCCGUGAGCAGCGCAACAGCCUACGAGCCCAUCCCGAACGAGCUCCUCAUCAUGCGCAGCUCGUUCUGGCAAGGCUGCGCCUCGCCAUUAGGCGCACAGCCAAUCUGGCUCCCGAGCUGGAACCCCGCGGCCGCCGUGCCCAGCCUGGACUACACCAUGACUUCGACCGAGACAGUGCACCGCCGCCACCCGCGCCGUCACCCCAAGCCUACUCCCGGCCACGUCGUUUAUAGUCGCUACAUCCCAUUCCUGGACGAGCACUUCUCCCUCAUUGCGCUCGACUACCAGAACCCGGAGCACCUGAAUCUAUUCCACACCUGGCAAAACGACCCGCGCGUCGCGGCCGGCUGGAAAGAAACCGGCACCCUCGACGAACACCGCGACUAUCUGCGCCGCCAGCACGAGGAUCCGCACACGCUGACCGUGCUGGGCCGCUUCAACGAUACUUUCUUCUCGUACUACGAGAUCUUCUGGAGUAAGGAGGACAAUGUUGGCGCGCACUAUGCGUCCGGCGACUUUGAUCGCGGCCGGCAUACGCUCGUUGGAAAUGAUGCGUUCCGUGGCCCGCAUCGCGUUAUGGCUUGGUGGCCUAGUAUGAUUCACUACUGCUUUUUGGACGAUCAUCGGACGGAGAAUGUUAUUGGUGAACCUAUGUCUACGAAUGAUAAGGUUCUUACUUAUGAUUAUACGUUUGGCUUGCAUCAGGAUCAGGUUAUUGAUUUGCCGCAUAAGAGGGCUAGUCUGGUUAAGUGUACACGGGAGCGGUUUUUCCAGCUUUGUCCGUUUAACCAGGUGAGUCCGCAUAUUGCGGGGACUGGAUUGGGGUUUAAGCCGAGGCUGUGA